AUGACCCUGGCCAAGGCCGCCGUCACCGUCGCCGCGAUCGAGACCAGCGGACAACCGAUGCAUGUUCAGCCUGACUUGUCCGCAGCUAAUCGCGGCCGCAAGAGGAAGCGAACAAUAAACGGCAUCACUCAGCUGGAUGUGAAGGGCGACCAACUGCUCCCUGAUUCGGACACUCCUAUUCCAGAUGUCCCGCUUCUAGAGGAUAGUGACGAAGUUGCCGACGUCGCAGACGUUAUGGAAUCGGACGGAAGCCCGCCGAACAGUUUUGUCAAACGACGCAAAAAGCCAAAUUUGGCCGAUCCAAAAAGAAGUGGAAAGUCCAACGCGAAGAACCCAUCCCCGAAGGAUUCUUCCAGUAGUGUCGCUGUGCUCAAGACGUUUUUAGCACAUAUUGAAAACGACGAAAAACAAAGAAAGGAUAUGUUGGAGGUCAUGCGAAGUGAUCUGCACCUCAAACAAGCGCACUUAGAUAUCGAGAAGAAAAACACGCACGACAAAACCACGUUGGCGAAGGCAGCCGAGCUGCGGAAACUCGCAGAAGUGUACGCAGGUAUUGAUGACAAGCGGAUCGCAAAAGAGCUGCUGGAAGAAAGCUAUGACUUGAUCGCCAAGGUGUGA